UUUUUUCCCGCGGUUUGACAUCAGCUGAAUAUUCUCCGGAUUCAGUGUUACAACUACUAGAGUUUUUGGACGCAGUGUGUCUUUCAGCUUUAGUAAUAUCGCCAUACAACAACAACAACUGCAACAUUUCCAUUAAAACAGCUACGGACAUUCUGCUUCACGGCUAGUAUGAUAAAGUGCUGAAUAUAUUCAGGAACCAUCUGUUUUAAUCUAACAUUAAUAGUACGAAUAUGCCUCCUAAGAAGCGGACGCCACAGAACAAGGAAAUAAAACAAAACGUCACCAGUUCAGAUAAUGUAAAGUCUCCAAGCAAGAAUUCAGAUGACUCUGUUGUGUCCACGCCUAAGCAUAGAGACAAAGAAGUGGAUUUCGUCAGCCUUUGCAAAGAUCUCCAGGUGACAAAUUCACUCUGUAACCACGCCUGGUCAAUAUGGAAGAAAGUUUCGGAAUCCACGGAGAAAAUGCCCGACACAAACAAAAAGAUGUGGGCAGCCUGUCUGUUCGUGGCUGGAAUAGACAUGGAUGUCUUGAGCCCCAACUUCACAGAAGUGCAGAAAGCUGCUGGCCUCAACGUGAAGCAGUUCCUUGAAGUGAUGAGGAACUUGGACGUGAACAUUGACAUCAUCAGCUCCAAAGUGAAUUCUGCUGUGAGCAAGCUGGAGAAGAAGUACGACGUGUCCCUGGCCCUCUACCAGCGCUUUGAGAAGAUAUGGAAGGAUAUCUACACAGAGCCCUCGGAGCCAGAGAGUACAGAGCUCUUCAGCAGCAUCUGGACCAUGUUCAUUCUGGCUAAAGGAAGGUUUCUGCAGAUGGAGGAUGACCUGGUGAUCUCCUUCCAGUUGCUCAUCUGCGUUCUGGAGUUCUUCAUCAAACGCUCCUCACCCUCCCUGAUCAAGCCCCUUUACAGUGCAAAGAUGACCCCCACGCGGAGCUCCCGGCGUAACCAGGGCAAAGCCAAACCGCGGCCGCCGGAGGCAAACGAGCCGCUGCUGGAGGUCAUCUGCCGGGAGAACGAGUGCAACCUGGACGAGGUGAAAAAUGUUUACGAGACUGUCUUUUCUCCCUUUUUGGAAUCAUCAGGCUUUUCAAAGUCUCAGGACUUACCAAAGUUUGAAGAGCUGUCAGCGAAGUUUGAAGAAGUUUCUGUAAAAACUAAAGACUUUGAUGGCAGACUGUUCCUGAACGGUGAAGAAAAAUGCAGCCAGGAGAAAACGGACAUUGGCCAUGUGGAGAGUACCCCUAAGAAGAGUGUGUUUGCUGAGGAGUUCAACCCAGCUAUUCUGCAAACACCCGUCAGGGCAACCUUAUACUCUGUCCAGCAACUCCGGGUCUCCCUCACCUCCGCCAGUGACCAGCCCUCUGACACGCUCAUGACCUACUUCAAGAACUGUACGGUGAACCCGACGGAGGAGGUGGUCAAGCGUGUGAAGUGCCUGGGGGAGCUCUUCAGCCAAGCCUUCGCCCAGGUGGUCAGUCCAGGAUGCUCGGGCCUCGGCAACCAGAGGUUCGCUCUUGGUGUGCGGCUGUACUACAGAGUGAUGGAGUCCAUGCUGAAAUCGGAGGAGAAGAGGCUGUCGGUACACAACUUCAGUAAACUUCUCAACGACUCCACAUUCCAUACGUCCCUUCUGGCGUGUUCCCUGGAGGUCGUCAUGGCAACAUACGGCAGCGGUCUGGCCACAGAGACGGACCUGAGCUUCCCCUGGCUGCUGAGUGUGCUCCAGCUCCACAGCUUCCACUUCUACAAAGUGAUCGAGAGCUUCAUCAAGGCCGAGCCCAGCCUCCACCGCGACAUGGUCAAACACCUGGAGCGCUGCGAACACAUGAUCAUUGAGAGCAUCGCCUGGAAAACGGACUCCCCUCUGUUUGAGCUGCUGCAGCAGGCUGGAGAGGAGGGUCGCCUGGAGACCGCUGAGCCCCCCGCCUCCCUACACCAGCCCCCCCAGCACAGCCACACCGCUGCCGACCUCUACCUGUCACCGGUGCGUCCGAGCAGACCCCUGCCCCCCGUCCAAGACCGGAGCCCCCCCACUACUGCCCAGCCCCCAUCGGCCUCUGCCCAGGCCUCCGCCCAGGCCUCCAGACCCCCCAGGUCCAACUCGCUUGGCCACUUCUACAAGAAACUGUACAGGGUGGCGUACCUGCGCCUGAAGAUGCUGUGCACGCGUCUGCUGUCGGACCACGCGGAGCUGGAGCCCAUCAUCUGGACGCUGCUGCAGCACACACUCAAGGACGAGUAUGAGCUGCUCAGGGACCGACACCUGGACCAGCUGCUGAUGUCUGCCAUGUACGCCAUAUGCAAAGUGAAGUUUGUGGACCUGCGCUUCAAGACUAUUGUCACCGCGUACAAGGAACUCCCAAACACUAAUCAGGAAACAUUUAAGCACGUUCUGAUCAGCGAGGGCAAGUAUGACUCCAUCAUCGUCUUCUACAACAUGGUCUUCAUGCAGAGGCUCAAGACCAACAUCCUCCAGUACGCCUCCUCCAGGCUUCCCACCCUGUCCCCCAUCCCGCAUAUCCCCCGCAGCCCCUACAAAUACCCCAACUCCCCCCUGCGCGUCCCUGGGAGCAGCAACGUCUACGUGUCUCCCAUGAAGAGCUGUGCGUCCCCGAUGACCCCGCGCUCAAGGAUCCUAAUAUCACUCGGAGAAUCAUUUGGGAACUCUGAACGGUUCCAGAGGAUUAACGAGAUGGUGAAGAGCAGCGAGUGGACGCUAAAGAGGAGGGCGGACGGCGCUGGCGGCCCCAAACCGCUGAAGAGACUGCGCUUCGACACCGAGGGACAGGAUGAGCCGGACGGCAGCAAACCCAGUGGAGGAUCAGCAUUGAUUCAGAAGCUUACAGAAAUGAACUCGACUCGCAGCCGGAUGCAGGAGCAGAAGAUGAAGGAGGAAGCAGAGUCUGCGAGAGUGGAAGUUCCAAACGGAGUGGAGAAACACGAAUGAGCUUUGUCAACAAUGAAGACGACAUCGAGGUGGAGGGGAAGGAUCGAGGGUCUGGAGUGUUGUAUCCACCAGACUGCUCACGCUCUUGGUCAAGCCUGCUCUGGAUCCUGUUGAAUCAUGGACUUCUGAUUUUAUUUUUUUUUAUUUUUUUUUUUUUUGUUUUUAAUUUUUUUUAUUGGAUUUUUUUUUUUUAUACUGUUAGUGACUCAUUACAGCAAGGGCCUGUGAUGUGGACUUGGCUUGACUGUUUAAUUAUUCAUUAUUAUUUUUUUUCUGAAUUAUGUUAAUGUAGCAGUUUCUGUUAGUUUCAGAUUUUUGAGUGAAAUAAUGAGUGAAGAACCCAUGGACUGAGGGGGGG